AUGCCCUCCAACACGGCAGACUGCAUCCCUGGUCUGACGGUGGGCAAGAUCAUCUGCGAUGGCUACCAGUUCCUCCGGCUCAUCGGUUCCAGCGCUGGUGGAGUCGUAUACAAAGCCAUCCACCUCGAAACAGCCCUCUCUUCCCAGCCGAUCUUCCGCGCCGUCAAGGUGAUCCAGAAGGUGGGUCUCGGCAAGCGCGAGCUGGUCGCCGUCAAACAGGAGACCAGUUCCACCUCAUCUGCGCUGACCGGCCGGGCGUUGUCACCAUCUAUGACGCACAUCCGCGAUCUCCAGGCAUACGAGGACAACGAGGCUCUCGUUCGGACCGCGUUCCUCUCCCUGCUCGACGCCCGGGAGAACAUUCUCGUCAACUACGACGGCUCGCGCCUCUUUCUCUCCGACUUUGGUCUUGCCACCGAUGCCGUGAAGAUAUUCAUAUACGGCUGGGGCACCGGGAUCUACAUGAGCCCUGACGUCGACAACCCAGUGUCCUUCGUGGAGUCCCUCCCGAUCUAUCGCGACCUUGCCGGCGUUCUCCUCCGCACGCUCGCCAUCGAUCCGAGCUGCCACACCUCGCUCGCGAACCUCCGCCGCGCGAUCGCCGACGCGCACUGGACGCUCUUGAAACGCCGUGCUGCUCCCGAGAGCCCGUCCUGGGAGCAGGAGUUGGUGACGGUCCUCAACCAACGAGCGCAUCGUCCAACGUCAUCACCAUCCGUCUGCCUGGACCGCGUCUCUGACGUCGACCUCCCCGCGCCCGCCGUCUCACAUCUCCACGCGCGCUCGCGCUCGCGCCGCGCCCUCCGCGACGACCAGAGCCGCCGUGCCCGGGACCCCGCUCGCUGCUCCUUCACCUACGGCUCGAGCUCCGCCGCGUCCACGUCCACCGCCGCGACCUCGUGCGCGAGCGUGUCGUGCUGCCCCGACGACGCGGUAAUCCCGCCCAAGAAGUCCAUGGCGGUGGCCGCGGAUGAUGACGACGCUGAGUGGAAGCUGUACAAGUCCACGCGGGGCCGCGCGCCGACGCCCGCGCCCCUCGAGCUCGACGCUGAGCUCCGUCACAGCAUUCUGAAGGCGGCGGCGGUCAAGCCUCGGGUUCAGGUGAAGGAGCAGCGGCAGUCGCGCUUCAAGGUGCGGGUACCGCAGAUACUGCGCCGGUUCGUGCUGGUACCUGUACCUCACGCGGUAGAGCUUGCGAGGCUGGGUUGA